GUUCUGCGGUGAAGUACAUUUAAACCGGUCUGUGAGGAGCAGGGGCGCGCGCUUCACGGUGCUACACAACCACAACAAUAACACAACACCUGGAGGCCCGUUACCAAGCAACAAGCCUCCCUUUGGACAUGUCGCACGUCCAGUUAUCGAGCAGCGCGCUGGAGCGGCUGGCGGCCCGCAGGACCUUCCCUCUCCAGAGGCGCACCGCCGUCUGCCGCAGCCUGUUCGGCCCGGUGGAUCACGACGAGCUGAGCCGGGACGUUAAAGCCAAGCUGCGGGAGAUUUCCGAGCGGGACACGCAGAGGUGGAACUUUAAUUUCGAGGAUGACUCCCCGCUGGAAGGAAACUACGAGUGGGAGGAGAUGCCCGCGGAGAGGACGGCGGCGUUUUACCGUGAGUCGGUGCAGAGCGGCAGGACGCGCGUCCCGGCGACGCCCGUUAAGCAGACGCCCUCCUCGGACUCGGAGAGCCCCGCUGUCAUGGAGCGCUUAGCGGUUCCGGAGAGAAGCAGCGGGGACAGCGGCUCCGGCAGCCCGCAGGAGGUGAACCAGGAGAACCGGCCGGUGACGGUGACCCCGGGGCCCCGCAGACCGGCUCCAUGCCUGAGGCGCAAGAGGACGACGGCUGCUGAUCACAGCAAUGCGCUCAUCACAGACUUCUUCGUGAAACGGAGGAAAUCUGCAGACCGACUUUCCAAGACUUCCAUCCAAAUGGAACAAACUCCGCAGAGGAGAAUCCGCUGAAGGUGCUGACUGCUCCUCCUCUACUUUUUGUUGCACUACUUCCACGCGUGUUUUUUUUUUUUUUUUUUUUUUUUUUUUGAGGACUGAGAGACUUUUUUUGUUUGAAAUCACGCUGGAGGAUGGAGGGAUGCGCGGCGCAUCGGCUGCAGCUUUGCGCCUGAGCGGAGCGGCGCAUCGGCUGCAGCUCCUCCCGGGAUGGAGGCUUUGGGAUCGGAUAGAAAGAGAGAAAGAGGCCGAGUGGAUGGAAGAAGAAAAAGGAAAUAAAGGGAUUCAGUUUUUCAGUACAAAUGUAGCAUCUAUUGAUUUUGCAUCCAGCCACUCGACAGUGUUAAAUGUUUUAACAUCUGUGCAAUCUAGAGAUAAUUUCUACACUGGCUAAAGUGUACAGCUUUAUAGAAGCGGUAGCAUUUGUUUAUUUCUGCUCUGUUUGAUUUUCUGUGAAACUAUAUAUUUUAAGUUUAUUCUAACUUAUAAGUUAUUUAUGUUUCUCUUGCCGAUUUUUAAAAUUAUUUUAUUUCUUUUUUUAUUGUGGUGUUUUGCAAUCCUGUAGCCUCCCGAUAGUCUUUGUUUCUGAGCCUUUAUGGAGUUUUAUUGUUUUAGUGACCUUUUUCUUUGUUUAAUGAUGGAAAUAAAACAUUUUCAAAUGUAA